AUGAUAGCCCCUCCAUCCGCCACGGCAUAUGUUUUAUUUUCAACAAUGCCUCAAGAUUUGAAACAACCCGGUAACCAUGGUAACAACUGCAAUUGCAUGGACCCUCUUCAGGACAUUCGAGACAAACAGUAUACAAGUCGUCGUCUACUAGCUCGUGCUUACAGAGAAAUAAGAUAUCGUCCUUUGUGUGUGCCCUCAAAUCUCAUGCAGCAUACUGCUCAUGUACGAUUCACAAUGGAUCUAAUGGCAAGAGAUGAAGCCAUUUUCUAUAAAGAAGACGGUCGAAUUAUUGAAUGGCCUGAUGUGAUUCCCAAGUGCCCAAGCGAAGUUCCCUCUGUUCAAGACAGUGUUAAUUUGCUUAACUAUACCAACGCCCAGAGCAGGGGUAAAAUUACUGAUGAACAAUUUGUUGUGAAGGAUAAGUAUGGCCGCUUCUAUCCAAUUUCUGAACUGUUUAUUGCCAGAGUUCCGAGCUCAUCGUGCUCUUCAUGUAAAAACCUGCCACAGUCGCCAUCGCCAAUCUCUCCUCAACCGAAUGAUGCAGCCCUUCAAGCCUAA